AUGCUCUCGAGAGCUUUAGGAUCGACGACCAAUAAGCUAUACUUCGUUAGAGUCUCUCAAAGGAAACACUAUGUGUGGAAUAAAUUUAAAUCCACCAAAACUCGAAACCAAACUAUCUUGGAUAGGAUUAGAAAGGAUUUGCCACCUGAACCUCAAUUUCAGGAUGGGAUUCAAAAUGUGUAUGAUCAUGAAAAGUUGAAUUACCAUAAACUUGAACCUAUUACUCCUAAUGAUUCAUAUGUUUCUUGUACUAGUUUUGAUGAUAAAGGUAACAUAUCGGCAAUUUCCAAGAAGUUCCCCAAAAUGUCUUUUUUAAAGCAAAAUGGAUUAUUUCCUAGAGAUCUUAGGAAGAUAGAUACAUCCUCAGUUGAUGUUGUGCCUCUGAUAACCGUCCGACCUCCUAGAGCUAUCUUGAUAAAUUUACUUCAUAUCAAGGCUAUUAUUGAGAAGGAUGCAGUUAUGAUAUUUGAUACAUCUAAUCCAGCUGUGGCUUCUAAACUUGGUGUGUUCAUGUAUGAUCUUGAAAUGAAAUUGAAACUACAAAACGGAAAUAUAUGUUACGAAUUUAGGGCAUUGGAAAGUAUUCUAAUAAGUGUCAUGAGCUCUUUAGAAGCUGAACUUAAAGUUCAUACCGCUAAUUGUGGUUUAAUAUUAGCAGAAUUAGAAGAUCAAGUCGAUAGACAUAAGUUGCAAGACUUAUUAAUCAAGUCUAAAAAACUUUCAAGUUUUUAUCAGAAGACCGUUUUAAUUCAGAAUGUACUCGAAGAACUUCUCGAUAAUGAUGAGGAUUUGGCUGGAAUGUACCUAUCAGCUCCGAAGAAACCUGGUGACGGGGAUUGUGAAGACUUGGAAAUGAUCUUGGAGUCAUAUUUCAAGCAAUGUGAGGAAUUUGUUCAACAGGCUGGUUCUUUAUUAAGCGAUAUUAAGGCUACCGAAGAGAUAGUCAACAUUAUCUUAGACACGAAUCGAAAUUCACUCAUGCUAUAUGAGCUUAAGAUUACAGUCUAUACAUUAGGGUUUACUGUUGCUACCUUGUUCCCUGCAUUUUAUGGUAUGAAUUUGAAAAAUUAUAUCGAAGACUCAGCUUAUGGAUUUGGAUUAGUGGUACUUGUAUCGAUAUUACAAGGUGUUAUCAUAACAAUGAUAAAUAUUAAAAAAUUACGUAACGUUCAAAAAUUGACAAUGAUGGGAGAUACGCCAAAACAUAAGCCGCAUUAUACUUUUGGCAGCAUGGGAUUCUUAAAUAUAGAGAGAUGGUUUCGUAGAUUGAUUUAUGGAAAUAGAGCAACUAAAUUUGAUCAUCCUACUUCAAAAGAGGCAGAUGCUCUCUGGAGAAUGAUUAAUGAUGAUAGAUCUUUGAAAUGA